AUGGGCCUCGAUAGCAAUACUCACGAGGUGAGGGAAGUCGGUGCCUCCUCUCCGGUGCCCGUAAAUAGACAUGGCCACUCGCUCAUCACCUUUGACCCCAAGGCGGAGGCCAAAUUACGGAUGAAGAUUGAUCUCAUGAUCGUCCCUACUGCGGCCCUCCUCUAUCUUUUCUGCUUCAUCGAUCGCGCCAACAUCGGAAACGCCAAACUUGCGGGCCUCGAGAAAGAUCUUGGUCUCAAGGGGUACGACUACAACGGCGUGCUAUCUGUAUUCUACAUCUCGUACAUCAUCUUCGAGAUCCCGUCUAACAUCGCGUGUAAAUGGAUGGGCCCUGGCUGGUUCAUCCCUUUCAUCUCGUUGAUGUUCGGAAUCUGCUCCAUCUGCACCGCUUUCGUGCACAAUUUCAGUCAGAUUUCUGCCGUGAGAUUCAUGCUGGGUAUCUUUGAAGCGGGAAUGCUGCCCGGCAUCGCGUACUACAUGUCUCGAUGGUAUAGACGCAGUGAGCUGGUUUUCAGACUGUCCCUCUACGUCGUCACGGCUCCAAUUGCCGGUGCCUUCGGAGGUCUCCUCGCUUCCGGUAUCCUCAAACUGGAUAGUUUCGGUAGUCUGCACUCCUGGCGCAUGAUCUUCGCCAUCGAAGGCAUCAUCACCUCUGUCCUCGCUCUCAUCUCAUUCUUCACUCUCACAGACCGACCCGCUACCGCAAGAUGGCUCACACAAGAGGAGAAAGACCUUGCCAUCGCCCGCGUCAAGUCGGAGAAUAUCGCCACGACUGAAGUUCUGGAUAAAUUUGACAAGCACAAAAUGCUGCGCGGCAUCUUCUCCCCCGUCACACUGGCUACGGCCUUCAUCUUCUUACUCGACAAUGUCACUGUGCAGGGACUCGCCUUCUUUGCCCCGACAAUCGUCAAGACCAUCUACCCAGAUAAAUCCGUCAUCUUCCUCCAACUGCGGACCGUGCCCCCAUACAUCGUCGGGGCCGUCUUCACACUCCUAUUCCCGUUCCUGUCGUGGAAAUUAGACCGCAGAACCAUCUUCUUCAUCUGCUCCGCCCCUCUCAUGAUCAUCGGAUACAUCAUGUUCCUGGCCUCGUCCGAAGGCAGCGUGCGCUACAUCGCCACCUUCAUCAUCGCGUCUGGGGCCUUCACCUUCGGAUCCGUCUGCAACGCCCAGGUCUCGGCCAACGUCGUCAGCGACACGGCGCGCUCGUCGGCCAUCGCGACCAACGUCAUGUUCGGGAACAUCGGCGGCCUGAUCUCCACGUGGAGUUUCCUGCCCAGCGAUGCCCCCGACUACCACCUCGGGAACGGGCUGAACCUGGCGACGAGCUCGACCAUCUUGCUGUCUAGCAUUGCGCUGCUGUGGUGGAUGAAGUGGGAUAACGGGAAGAGGAAGGAGAAGGAUGUGAAUGGUGCAUUGGAGGGCUUGAGUUUGAGGCAGGUGCAGGGCUUGGAUUGGAAGCAUCCGGGUUUCAGGUGGAAGCUGUAA